UACUUGUUGGUCAGUUGCAGAACGACAGUUCGUGAGGUAGUCCAUGUAUGGAUUUUUAGUAAACGCACGUGUGCCGCGCCUUUUCACGAUAAACUUAUCACGUAAUUAUUAUUCGCAAACGCGCUACAUCAUUGCAUGACAUUCUCGUGUUGUAUAACUAUCGCGUAAUGAACAAAUAGAUAGAAGUAAAGAGGAUUAUUGCGCUUAUUCAAUGCAGUAACAUUUUUUUUUAGCCAGAGAUGUACGCGAUUGGUAAAAAACUGUUUAUCUUAUAACGUGUUUAUUACGGGAGCAGUGACAGUGACAAAACUAGAAUUUAUAGUGAAUCUGUUCUUCUUUAAAAUUUCCGAGUGGCUCACGGAUGACUGGAUAACAUGAUAGAAUAACACACAAUUUUGGAUUUUGAGGAGCAGAGAGGAGAAGUCAUCUAGAAUGGUUCUCACUGUGACUGAAAAUACUCCGGCAGACAUGUUAGCCGGAAGUAUGGAGCUUCUAGUUCAACUGCCUCACGAUCACUAUCUUCGUACGCAGAGAGUCACAGUAUUAAGGAGUACACCGAUGAUGGAUCUUCUGGUGCAAAUUGCAACGGCUCACAAAUUAACAGCUUCGAAUUAUACACUUCAAGCGAUCGGCGAACAUGGCUUGGUUUUAUCUCAUCAUCCGAAUACUCCUAUAGGAGCAUUGGACGCUCUUCAGGUUAAAUUACUCUCCAAACAGGGCAUGUGUGUGCCGCGAAAGGUGAAGCAGGCUAAUCAACCUUUCGAAACAACGUUUAGAUUGCAGGUACAUCUACCGAGAAAUCAGCUGUACGUGUCGAGAGUCAGUCCGAAGAUGAACCUUGGAGAAAUUCUGGACGAAGUAUGUCGUGAGAAGAAUCUCGACAGUAGCAAGUACGAACUUCGUCAUCCGGCCACCUUGGAGGAGACGUUGGACUUGUCAUUAUCAUUGCAGGAUUAUCAACUGCAGGAAGUGACUCUGUACGCGAAACAAAGGAGUCUGGGCCAGACAUUGAGCACGCAAGACAUAUUGGCGCUGCAAAGACAGGAAGAACGACGCCGACAACAAAGUAAACAAAGCGUGUUCGGUUUCGCGUUCAAAAAGUCCAAAGAAAGCUCUUUGAGCAUGGACAGUCUUGGGGGUCGCAGCGUGUCACCGGCCAGAAGUGAUGAGACCACAAGAAGCGCCAGUCCCCUUCAGCCGCCGACUCGGCCGCAAAGAAAGAGGAGACCAGCUCCGAAACCGCCCGCCGAUAUUGCAUCAACUGUUCGGGAUGCAUCCGGGAACAUCGGCGGCAAAGAUAAGAUGGUGAUUAAUCACAGCCGUAACAGCAGCGACAGUUCCGGUUACCAUGAGGCCUCCGUACUCAGCGACAAUCCGGAUUCUACAGCGAGACUACCGGAAACCCUACCGAGGAGAAGCAGAAUGCCGGGAAUGUCCGAUACUGCCAGGAGGUUGGCGCAGACUUCGCAGUCUAGCAAAAGUCUGGGUAAUUUGGCGGUACCCGGAGAAACACUCAAUCGAGGCAUCAGCAGCACUUGCCUCAGCUCCACCGGUCUUCGAAAGAAGAGAGCAGCUCCUCCCCCGCCAGCGUCCAGACCACUUUCGUCAGCUAUUUCCACGCAGGCCUUAGAACGUAUUGUCGACUCUGAAGAGUCGUUAACGUCCGACAUAGAUCCUUCGAAACCGCCGUCAGAUAUUGGUGCGCCGUCGAAAGCCAGUUCCGACAUUGACUGCUCUAAAAUCAAUUCUGAUAUCAGCGCGCAGUCCACGGGCCUGUUAAGUCACAAACCAAAGCCAGAAACUGUGAUGUGCGAAUCCGAUAGCAACAUUCAGCAAAAUUGUGCGAUUGAAAUGAAUGUUGAGGCGCGUUCCAAAUCAAACCCGGUUGACUGUAAACUAGCUAAAGUGGAUGCGGAAAAGAUCGCACCCGUAGAAGUUGCUUUGAAAGUAGAGCAAGCUAGAGUAGCGGCGAAGAGAGUUGGAGAACUCGCACCUCUUCCCAGACCUCGAAAAAUUAACGUGGGCAAAGUUAAUGUCAUCGAACCUCCAAAAGCACCUAAGCGUAAAACACCUUUGCUUUUAAUGCCGUCUAGAAUCUUAAAUAUAGAUUGCGCUACAAAUGGUUUAUCACAUGAACAUGUGAAUUCUAAGCAAAUCAGUGAAGCACACUGUUACACUUUAAAUGCCGAGAAUGCAAUAUCGUCAAAUGAAAAUAAUCUUGUCGCACACAUUAAGAAAGAAGAGAUGCAUUCAAAAUUGAGAAAUUAUCCUACAUCUCCUAAUAAAGAUCAAAUAAGCCAAUGUGAUGAAAUAUCAAAAAUUAUCGGUGAUACAAUUAAACAAAUAUCUUUAAAAUCAAGUCAAAAUCAUGAAAUAAGAAGUAACCUUGAAUUACAUUUUAAUUCUGUAGAACCAUCUCCUGUUAAUGCCGAAGAGGAGGUGCAUUUCGAAUCUAAAGAUAAGAUUACGAGUGAAGAUAAAUUCAAUCAAAAGGAAAGAAUAUCAGAUAUUAUUAAUGAUGUGGACAAUCAUGAAUCAUCAAGCUUGAACGAACAUUUAAGUAAUGAAGGAGACACUAAGCCACAUUCUGUCUUGACAGAGUUAGAUGUAUUAUCAACAAAAUUAUCAUUACUUGAAUCUGAUGUUAUUCUCGAAAAGAGAGAAGAUAAUAUUUUAGAACAAGAUAAUGAGAUAAAAUCGAAAAAUAUUGAUUUUCACGACAAAAAGAAAAAUUGGCGUGAUAAUUUAUUUAUGUCAUCAGAUGAUGAUUCUUUAAACGAAAAUAUUAUUAAACAAAAUCGCGUGACUGAACCAAAAAGUCAACAAUCGAAGGCGCAUUAUCGAUUCAUUAACCAAGAAUCUAGAGCGAGAGAAAUGAUUUCUUUCUGCGAGAUCGAAGAAAACGUCGAGGCAGCAAAAUACGUUCAUCUGAAAGACGCGAUGAGUAGUCUGGAAAGAGACAGAGAAACAUGCACAGUGAUUUCUACCAUACCGAAGUGCGAACAUCUCGACAUCAUAAAAGAAAACAGCGCUUCAAACAACGCUGUAAAAGGUAGCGUUACGAAAAAUAUUGUCGAAUUGUGCGAGAAGCGUCAAAAUGAUCAAAGCGAAGAAUCGAAUAAUAACGCGAAGUAUGUUAAGCGAGCAAAGGUGGUUCGGAGCCAAUCCAAGUCAGAUGACUUCGAGAUGGAUUCUUUAAAGAGACAGAGACGAUAUCUCACUUUGCCUACGGAGGACAUCGCGUACGCUUUGAACCUAAAUCUUUCCACACGAAACUCUGAUACAGCGGAAAAUAAACGGAAGCAAAUUGCUGCGGGAUAUUGCACUAAUUGCACAAGGGAUAUGGAUAUAGGUAGGAAAGAGUUGUACGGUGGAUUAGUCACAGCAGCUAACCAAGAUAACCCGUCUGAGAUCGAAAACCUGCUACAGAAAGUAUCAAACACUUUGUCGAAUGUGCUACCGAUCUCAUCAUCCCCAGUAUCGGAGCCAUCGUUGCCUCUCAAAAUGAAUCACACAACUGCAUCUGUCCAAACGAAUAAUGCCGUUGUUCUUGACGAUUCUGUAACUAAGUUAGUACUCGUUGGAAUGAAGUCGAAUGAGUUGUGUAUGGACUUUCCAAUGGGAAACACCUUAAACGCUAGCAUGCCAAAUGUGACUGGAAUGGAUUCGCAACAGGACACUUUAGACAACGUUUCGGCGAUGAACGAUAAUUUGUCGAUUAGCGAUUGGGAAUAUCAGCUUCCAGCACCACCUAGUGCAUUUCGCGAUUCAAUUUCACUUGUCUCUGAUGAUUACGACACAGUGAUGCUGGGAUCAGUGCAAGAUUUCAAGAAAUUGCCAGCAAAUACGGUUUCAGAUCAGGUUGAUGCGAGGGAUAAUAGCGAUAUGAAUAUCGAAUCGAUGAAGAAUUUAUUGAACAAUAUCGAUGAGAAUUUUGAUCAGAAAAUUUCGAGUGGGAAAAUGAGUUCCGUGUCCGAAGUGGAAAUUGAUAUUAAACGAAUAGAAAGCGAACCUGUUGUUAAGCAAACAUCUGCCGUUUCCCACAAGUCGGCUAAUUUACGAAAAGAAAUUAUUUCGGAGUUGGAAAAUAAAUUGGAGACUGGGGCGUUGGUACAGACUAUCAGUAAGGAUUUUGAUAGGAGAAAUAUAGACAGUUUAUCCGCGCCGCAGAUAGCGCCCGUGGAUAAUACUCUGUCUAAUUUCACUAUUACUACUUACACUAAACCGACAAAACUGGAUAUUUUCGAAGAAUUUAAGAACCCCAAUGAUUAUGCGACAAAUUCCGAGAAGAGGUUUAUUAAAACAUUCGCCACAUUAUCCAGAAAUAAGACCAGUGCGCCGAACAAUUGUGACAAGAAGACGACGAGUAAGUUUGAAAAGUCGGACGCGAAUAACAUCGAUUGUAAAACGGAGCCAAAGAUUCACAGUCAGGACGAGCCUUCCCACAGGUGGAGGUCCCUCAUCGCAGCCAAUGAAAAGAAUAAUAUUCAACGAUCCAAAAGUUAUAUAUCGACAUUCAGCAAUGCCAAGAAUCAAAUGGAAGUGCAGGAAAUUGGUGAAAAAAAACAUGAGCCGCGUAUUGAGUCGGAAACUACUAAUGUGAAAAAAGCCACGAGCAUCACUGAUUUAAAUGUCAAUGUACGAACAAGUAAGGAUAAAUUUUCACAAUGGAGAGACAAUGCAUUGAAAUAUCAAGAGGAGCCUACCAAAGAAAAACAGUUACAAUCGUUGCAGGUGCUGAAAAGCAUUUUACCGCAGUUAAAAAAUGCUCAACAAGCGGAGAAAAAUGUAUCCAAAGAAGACAAGAACACAUUAUCAAUAAAAAAAAUAAGAUACGAAACUGGGUCCAACGAACAUUCGAUGAAAACGAAUGUAGUUUCGACACGCGGUUCUCGAGAGUUUGAACCGGAAUGUAAACAAUUAUCAAAAAAGGAAGAUACGAAACGUUAUGUUUAUACUGGCCCACCUGCGAUCAGUCUGGGUAGCUGGUCAGAAAGACCCAGUGUCAAUGUUCAAAUAAAAAUGGAUAUCGAUUAUAAAUUAGGAAAAAGCAACACAAAUAGCAAUAAGACUGUUAAUAUUAACAUGAAAAACAAGAAGGAUGCCACGAAUUUUACCGAUAAUAUCUGCAAAAAUAUUAUUGAUCAGCAUGAAACCAAGAACGAUUUUUCUACGAAUAAAAAUCCUGAAGAGCUCACAAGGAAACUAAUUGCACAUACUACAGCGUCGGGUUUUAAGAUACCGUUAUCGAGUCGAAUCAACGUGUCCGAUUCGAAGACAAAUGAGGGAAAUCCCAUCGUAAUGGGAAUGGAAUUAAAGAAAACUUUCAUUGAGAUGCCAAAGGAAAUGCCGAGGAACAAUGAGAACGAGGUCGACACUACACCGUUGAAUUUCAAAGAAUUGACAAAGGCAUGCAGUCAGCAUGCGAGUUUUAAGCAAAAUCCUAAAUGCGACAAUAUUAACAAACACUCGGCCGACUAUUGUAGCGCACAAAUGAAGAAGAUAGAAGAAAUCACGGACUCGAAUGUCAAACAAUACAAUGACAUUAAACUCCCGCAGGCAUCCAAUCAGAGCGACUUUUCGUUCAAGAAUCAGCUCUCAUUGCACGAUAUUGUACAGAGCUCACGGGCAAAAAAAUUUACAUCUAUCGUGGGUAUAAACGGAACGAGCCAGAAUCUUGAGCUGCAAAGUGAAAUGUCACUUAGAGGUAACGCCAAUAACACAUUGAAAAUUAAUCCACCAAUGCCGGUCGUGAAAGGGUUUAAGAUAUCUACCACUAAUUACAAUACAACAAAUAAUCGAGAAAAUCAUAACGGAUUAUCGUCUAUCGAUAGUUUCAAUAACGAUCCGCAAUUGCCUAAACCUCCAACUAUGCCAGUGAUAACGGGGGUAACACUGAAGAGUGCUACCGUAAGACUUAAAUCGAUGCCGAUCCAAUUAGACUCUAGAAAUAUGUUGUUGGAAUCUAUCAGGAACUUCGGUGGUCGUGAAAAGCUAAAAAGUGCUGCAGAAAGAUAUUAAUUGGACAGCCUCUAUAAAAACAUAAGCACACUUAAUUAAAGCGCAAUGAAGAAAUUGCUCGAGACUUCAAGAUUUAUGAAUUUUUUUUGUUCUUUCAUUAAAUUUUAAUUUACAUAAUUUGUUUUCAAGUUGUCAAAUGUGAGAAUUAUAUUCUGAAAAGCUUUUCGCAAACAAUAUGUACAAAUUAUUUGAAAAAUUUAUAUUUAAUCCUAAUAUUCUACUAAUAAUAAGAAAUAAGAUGUUCUUUAUAGUAACUGAUAUUAUAAAUUGUUAGAAUUUUAUUUACGUAUAACUUCAUAUAUAGUUAUGGACAAAAAGAUUGUGCGGCAAUUAAAACUCCGUUGCGAGACGAUGGAAAUGUACAUAGUGUACGACAUUUGUUUGAUCGUUGAAAAGAAAAUACGGGAAAUGUUUAUUUUAUUUACUUAAAUAAUUAUCAAUAUUGCUCAUUAAUUAAUUAGGAAGGAAAGAGAUAAAUAAUUCUUUUUACUUCGGUAGUUUUAUUUUAGGUUUGGUGUAGUAUAUACUAAUAAAAGAAAAAAGAUAAGAAAAAGGUAAUGAAAGCAAUACCAAAGUUAGUCGUGGAUGGAUCGAUAUCGGUAUUAGAUUUAAUACUGAAUACUAACACAUCCGAAUUUUCGCGAUUAACUAUAAGUUUCUAUCAAUGGGACCAAAGGUGUAUCUUAUUUUACAUAUCGUACAACGAAUUUAGAGUUAUAAGAUGCUAAAUACUGUGCUAAAUACGAGAUAGUGUUUUGAAUUUGGUUAACUGAAUUCUAUCGAAACGAUCAGAUGUUAUACGUUAUAAAUUUAUUUACAAUUAUUUCGAAAGAAAUUGUUAUUUAAGAUGUUGUGCAAUUUAUUUUUCUGUGUAACAUCAUAUCGAUAUAAUAAAUGUAUUAUGGCAUAUAUGUCUAAAUACAAAUUAGUUUUUGUUGGCAUAUCUAUGGACUAUUUAUGUUUUAAUUCCUUAUAGCAUAAUUAUUUUUAUUCUUCAAACAAGCUAAAACUC